UGAGCUUCAUUUGUAAACAACAACAACAAAAAUGGGGAGUUUUUCAAAAACCAAGCGAUCAAUUAGCUUGCCUUGCCAAUCACAUCCUAGCACUGCUAGAAUUGAGGAGGAGCUUAACAAGAUGAAGAUUUGGGAUGAAUCCUCUAAGCCCACAGUGAAAGCAGUCAGCAAUGGCAUGUCAAGAUUGGAGGACUUGUACAAGUGCAUGGAAGAUCUUCUCAACUUGCCACGUACCCAACAAGCCCUCUCUCAUCACCAACAUGAGAAAUGGAUCGGUGACUUGCAGGCUGGAUUUGUGAACCUUUUGGAUAUUUGUGGCACUGAAAGGGAUGUCAUGACACAAAUCAAGGAACAUGUUAGAGAUCUUCAAUCCGCUCUCAGAAGGAGAAAAGGAGAUUCAAGCAUCGAAACCAACAUUGCUAAAUACACUCGCUUUAGGAAGAAGGCAAAGAAGGAUGCCAAAAAGUUGAUUGCAGCAAUGAAGAAAAUCGACAACAAAAUUGAGGCCACACCACUCCUAGAGCUAGAUCAACACAUCUCAUCAGUGAUUGAAGCACUCAGAGAAAUUGUUGCAGCAGGCACCUCUAUCCUCCAUUCGCUUCUCUUGUUCUUGUCUGUACCAAUUUUGAAAUCAAAGUCAACAAGGCGGUCACUGGUUGCAAAAUUGCUCCACAAAGGGGCAGUGGCUUGUGAAAAUCAUCUACAGGAGAAUGUGAAUGAGUUGGAAAGUGUAGAUGUUGCAUGGCACAGCUUAUGCAAAAGUGAUUCAAGUGAAGGAGACAAGUUGCAAAUUGCACAAAUCAGCUUCAAGUCUUUGGAGGCUAGCAUUGAAGAGGUUGAGAAUGUUUUGGAGUGCUUGUUUAGGCGAUUCAUUAAAGCAAGGGUCACUCUUCUAAACAUAGUCUCCCACUAAUCUGAGCUCAAUAGAUGUCCCCCAUAUCCUGCAUAUCCGAGUUUUAGAGGAUAUGUGUGUGGAUUUCAGUUUUGUAUUCGAUAGCUAUCUAGCCAUGUACAUGAAUCAAAAUAUUUAGUCAUGCAAGUAAAUACAAAAGUACAAAG